AUGUUCACCUGGCUCACCUUCUACAUCCUCCUCCUGCCCUCCCUCGUCAUCACCUUCUGCUACGCCUCCAUCGUCCGCGUCGUCUUCCGGCAGAGCAGCGAGCAGCGUCUGCAGGUGGCAGACGGCUACACAGUUCUUCGCAAGACGACCCUCAGCUCCCAGUCCAUCUCCAGAGCCAAGAUUAAGACCGUCAAGAUGACCCUCUCAAUCAUCCUCACCUUCGUCGCCUGCUGGACGCCAUACUUCGUCGUCCACAACAUCAGGAUCUGGUCCGACUACCAGUACAACAUCCCAGAGCCGGUGAUCGUGCUGGCGGAGACGAUAGCUCUGGUGAACUCGGUGAUGAACCCCGUGCUCUACGGCUGCUUCAACCUCAGAGUGAAGCAGGGGCUGAAGGACGUCUGCUGGAGGGCCAACCCCGCGCCCACCUACUUCAACGUCAACAGCGCCUUCCACUCCAGAGGACUCCCUGCAGGAGUCUCACCCCCUGCAGGAGUCUCGCCCCCUGCAGGAGUCUCGCCCCCUGCAGGAGUCUCACCACUGCAGGAGUCUCGCCCCCUGCAGGAGUCUCAUCCCCUGCAGGAGUCUCGCCCCCUGCAGGAGUCUCGCCCCCCUGCAGGAGUCUCAUCCCCUGCAGGAGUCUCGCCCACUGCAGGAGUCUCGCCCCCUCCAGGAGUCUCGCCCCCCUGCAGGAGUCUCGCCCACUGCAGCAGGAGUCUCACCACUGCAGAACAGAGCAAAGAACAACACAGAGAACAGACAAAAGAACACAACAGAGAACAGACAAAAGAACACAACAGAGAACCAAGAACAGAAGAGAGGAAAGAACUGAGUAGAAUAGAACAGACCAGAACAGAGAACAUAGAACUGAGCAGGGAACUCUGA